AAAAUAUACAUUAAAAAAUAACUGUAUUGAAAAAAAAACCUCAUUUGAGAGGGAAAUUUAUUUUUCUCUUUUCUUAAAAAAAAAAUACACAAAAUAAUUCAGUAUAUAUACAAUGGUUGUAAAGUGAUAAAGUAAAUAAAAGAUUGCGCAUUUGAUCAUGAUGAAGAAUUUUGUAGUUAUAUUUUGUACUUGUUUUCUUGUAGUAUUGGGGAGUAAAAUUUCCCCUAACAAUGUGAGAAACGACUAUACCGAUGUUUUGUACAACGAUGCGUUGGUUAACCCUAUGGUUACAAGCUUAAAAGACUUCGUAGCUGGCAUUAGAGAUUCGCGUUUCAAAUACGUGCCUGAUGAUGUCGCGUUGGUUCAAACUAUCAGCUCUCUACAAGAUACAAUGUUCCAACUUGCAAUUUUUUACGCCUCUCAUGAGGAGGGUACUCAAAUUAGCCGCUUCGAAGGAGGACUAGCCAUUGAAUUUGAAUCGCAAAGAUGUGACAAUGUUUUUAGUUCAAAGUUCCCUCGAACAAAACCAACAACACAGCCUUGGAUAUAUUACAGAGAUUCGUCAUAUUAUUUUUUGCGUUGUAAAAGUUCUCAAAAUGGAGGAAGGUCAAGGCGUGCGAUACCGAAUCCUGAAUCAUUCACUGUUGUAUCAGACAAAGAAUUAUCUUCACAGAAGAGGAAAAAGAGAGCGGCGGUUCCAGUUGUAUCAAGAAAUGGUCCUUUAUGUGGUAGUCAGCAGAGAUUUCUUCAAAGCGAAGGCACUUUAAAAUUUCCAGUUAAUUCGUCUGGAAAUUAUUCGAACAAUAUGGAAUGCACGUGGACAAUCGAAGUCUCACAGAAAUAUGCUGUUCGUCUAAACUUUAGCUGGAUCAAUAUGGAAUACGACAAGCUCUGCGAGUUUGACUCAAUUAAAUUCUACGAGGGUCAAGAUGAGCACGCGCCAUUUAUAGAUGGUGUGUGUGGCACAGGAUACUUUGUCACACGAUCUAAAAAACAAUUCUUGACGAUAAAAUUUAAAUCUGAUAGCAACGUAAACGGCAGAGGAUUCUCAUUUGAUUGGACAGUUGUUGAUCCAAUCAAAGGGCACCCUGGGUUUGUGCUGACAUCAACAAUUGUGGUUGAUCAAGUCGGAGAUUUAAACAUUGACGAAAGAGAAGUACUACCAGAAGAGAAAGGAGAUUUUCCGUUUAUGAUGAAUGACAAGUUCCAGUUAAAACUGACUAACCCUUCCACAUGUCCAUUAGAGAGCAAAGAUGUGGAUUGCUACUUCGAGACCAAGCCAUACAUCAUCAGUAAGUUAGUAGCGACUGGCAUGAACCUCGGCUACGACUUACCUAGUGGAGCGGUUGAAAUUUUGUUUGAUCACGCUGUGCAAACGAAUUUGUAUCCUGAUUUGUACAACGCUCCAAAGUAUUGUGUGACUUGGGACUCUGGAGUACAAAAUACUGCUUACGGAAGUUGGUCAAGAAAAGGGGGCAAACUAAUCGAGACCGAUCUCGGACGAUCCAUUUGUCGCUUCUCGAUUCAUGGAAUUCACGCAGUAGCAGCUGCUGUUCCACCGCCGGUCUUACCUGCAGCCUUUCGAUUUUCUCUAAGUUGGUAUUGUGGUUUGGUGUUUGCAAUAAUAUGGGUGACAAUCACAUUUCUGCUUGUGGCCACCAGUCAAAUAAAUAUACCGGAUUGGCUCAAUCUUAACCAAUUGCUAUCUUUGAUUGUGUUUUGUUGCAUUGUGCUGUCCGGCAUGCAUUUGGAGCUACACCAGCUUACCUGUUCAAUUUUAAGCUUCUUGUUGUAUUAUUUUGGACUUGCUGUGUUUGUUUGGCAUUUACUGAAAGCAGCACAAUUUACUGGAGUGUUGGAUAAAUUCUUUCGUCGGGAUAGAAACUUGUAUGCCUUCUAUUUAAUCCUCGGAUGGUGUGUUCCUUUAUUUAUUGCCGGUAUGGCUGCUGGAGUGAAAUUGCAUAUUAGAGAAAAGAACCAAAGUUGCUGGUUUGCUAUGAAAGGUGGAACGAUCUGGGGAUAUACAUCGCCCACAUAUUUCAUUGUGUUUGCCAUUUGUUAUUUAUACUACAAAGGGUUAAAGAAAACUAAAAUCCGAUUAGAAGUGUACAACUAUCCGAGGCUUAGAAACCGAGCUGUUCGAGAUAUCGUUGCACUUGCUUUGUUCCUACUCACGUGGAUAUGUGGAAUUUUUUGCAUGACACAUGAAACUGAAUUCGCACCACAAUAUUUUUUCAGUUUAUUUCUUUGUUUGACAGUUGUGGUGUUGUGCGUAGCAGCAAAACAGCAACGUCGAAGUUUCGAAAAAGCCUACGAUUGGGAAGAUGAAGACGAACAGAUUAGCAAGUUAGAAGAAAAAAACCUCGAUGAGGGAGACAAUGAUAAUAACGAGCUGUACGAAAAACAGUUGAUGGAGAAGUACGGAAGAAAAUGGCUUCACAAAGCAGCUCCAACUGCAUUGACACUAGCCUUAAGAAUAAAUGGCUUAGAAAAUUCAAAAAUUCAAAAACUGUAUGAUACUUACGAGAUUCUUGCAGAUGAAAGUGACAAAUGGAAUAAUAUGUAUGCUGCAGAACCUAUGAUGUAUGGAGAUGAAGAAGAAAAAGAUUAUGCUGCAGAAGAAGAAGAAGAUGACAAGGGUGAAGGUGAAGAAGACGAAGAAAAUUCUGAAGCUGAAAGUGACGAAGAUGAUGAAGAAGAAGAAGAAGGAGGAAUUGAUGAUGAUGAUGAUAAUGACGAUGAUGACAAAGAUGAUGAUGACUCAGGGGACGAAGAAAAUAAAAAAACUGACCAGGAAGAAGACAAACCAAUGAACUCUGAACAGAAUGAAAAGUCAUCUGAACCUAAACAAAACACUGACCAAGCGCCAGAGCCUGAACAAAACACUGACCAAGCACUAGAGCCUGAACAAAGCACUGACCAAUCACCAGAGCCUGAACAAAACACUGACCAGGCACCAGAGCCUGAACAAAAUACUGACCAAGCACCAGAGCCUGAACAAAACACUGAUUUAGCACCAGAAUCUGAAGUAAAUGAGGAAAAGGAACCAGAAGAUGACGAAAGAAAGAAAAACAAUAGCAGUUCUUUAGGAUCUCAAAUUCGUAGCGAUGAUUUGAUAUAAGAAGAAAAAUGGUGUAUACAAACAGAGAAAAUAAAAUCAUCAGAAAAUAAAAAUUCUCCUGUUGUGGAACUGUUAAAUUAACUCUUAAAUUUGCACGUGGGAAGAAACAACAGCUUAAAAUUUGAGAUAAUAAUCAAAUUGACUCGUCACUUCUAUAUAAUUCGAGAAAAUUUUUGAAAGCACGCUAGAUAUUUAAAUGUGUAUAUAUAUGUACGUACCUACCGCUACUCUAUGAUUCUAUUGUAUAUAUCGUCCGGUACUUAAAAAGAUAUUUCCAAUGCUUUA